AUGGAAAACGAACACAAGGACAAGGUUGUGAAAGAGGAGGCCACUAAACCAGUAGUGGUGGAGAGCUCUACUCCCGCUGGUGCGGAAUCAUCUGCCGCUACCGCAUCGUCGGCCAACGACAGCCAGGACGGGAGUGAGGGCGGCGAGGGUGGGAAUGGAGCCAACCGCAGCAGACGCGACAGCGAUGCGGCGCGACGCUCGAGAAGCAACUCCGCUAAGGCAUGGAAGGUGAAGGGAGCCGAGGGCGCGAGCCCGGCCACCGCCCCCGCCCAAUCUGCCAAUGCCACCAAGGCAGACGCCACGCUGGGCGCUGCCGCCGCAGUCCUGGCCACCCCCACCUCGCCUGCCGCCUCGCACCAGCAGCACAAGCAGCCGCAGCACAAGCCCAGGUCCCGCAAGGGCUCCCGAGCAGGCCAGCUGGAGUCGCCCCGGUCGGACGCGCCAGCGCACGACGAUGGUGCGUCGAUCCUGGGUCACCGUCUGCAGACGCCGUGGACGUUCUGGUUCUCGCGCAAGGACAGGAGGAGGUCCAACUCCAUCACGGCGGGUCCCUCCGGCACCGUGGUGAUCGACAAGAAGCUGGACAAGAAGGAGCACAUGGAGCACCUCGUUCAGAUCGGCACCUGCCGCACCGUCGAGGAGUUCUGGCACCACUAUGCGUUCAUCCAGCGGGCCAGCAAUCUGCCGAAGGAGAGCAACCUGUACUUCUUCAGGAACCAGCUCAAGCCCAUGUGGGAGACGUUCCCCAAGGGUGGCUGCUUCAUUGUCAGGGUCGACAAGCGCACCGGUGCCCUGGACAAGAUGUGGGAGGAAUUGCUGUUCGCGUCCAUUGGCGAGCUCUUUGAGGACCCCAACGUGGUGGGCGUGGAGGUGAGCAUCAGGAGCAAGGAGGAUGGUCUGUCCGUGUGGACCAAGACCAACCAAAAGCACAUCCGCCUCAGCAUCGGGGAGAAGCUGAAGCUGAUGCUGGAUCUGGACGACGUGAUGUACAAAAGCAACUCGACCUCCAUCAAGGACCGCUCGACCUACAAGAACGCACAGAAGGUCUUGGUCGCGUCGUAA